AGUUGUUCUGUGUGCCAAUAGAAUUUCUUUCCAAGAACGAAGGUAGGUAUCCAAUGGCGGAUAAGAGCAAGAUUCUGAUCAUCGGAGGAACUGGGUACAUCGGGAAGUUCAUAGUGGAAGCCAGCGCAAAAUCAGGGCACCCCACAUUUGUUUUGCUCAGAGAGAGCACGAUUUCUGAUCCUGUCAAAGGCCAAAUCGUUGAGGGGUUCAAGAAUUCCGGGGUUACCAUUCUCACUGGUGAUUUGUAUGAUCAUGAGAGUCUGGUGAAGGCGAUAAAGCAGGUGGAUGUUGUGAUAUCAGCAGUUGGUUUGCAGCAGUUGGCUGAUCAAGUUAAGAUUAUUGCCGCGAUUAAAGAGGCGGGAAAUGUUAAGAGGUUCUUGCCGUCAGAAUUCGGGAACGAUGUGGAUCGUGCUCGUGCUGAAGAGCCCAUAAAAUCGGCUUUUAGCGUCAAGAUCAACAUCCGCAGAGCUAUUGAGGCAGAAGGCAUUCCUUACACCUACGUUGUGUCCAAUUACUUUGCUGGCUACUCGCUGGCAUCGCUGGUGCAACCGAACGCCACGGCUCCUCCAAGAGACAAAGUAAUUAUCUUAGGAGAUGGAAACCCUAAAGCUGUCUUCAAUAUCGAGCAAGAUAUUGGCACCUACACUAUCAAAGCUGUGGAUGAUCCCAGAACAUUGAACAAGGUACUCUACAUUAAGCCUCCCAAGAACAUAUACUCGUUCAACGAGCUCAUUCCUUUAUGGGAGAAGAAGAUCGGUAAGACUCUUGAGAAAGAGUACAUCCCGGAAGAGCAAGUCCUUAAGCAGAUCCACGAGUCUCCGGCUCCCAUCAAUUUCUUCUUUGCGAUCAACCAUUCAAUAUUCGUUAAGGGUGAUCAGACAUAUUUUGAUAUCUCCCCGUUUGGGGUUGAGGCCUCAGAACUGUAUCCGGACGUCAAGUACACCACCGUGGAGGAGUACCUUGAUAAGUUUGUAUGAGACUUGGAAUGGAGUUCUAUACUGGAGAGCCCACAUUUGAUACAUUGGCAUUGUUGUUGAAGAAGUUGGUUGUCCUGCUGUGACUUGUGUCUGUUAAUUAUCUGGUGGUUGUUUGAUGUCUCACAUUAAUAGUCAUGUAUGUUACAGUGGAAGCUUUCUACUAAUAAAAUCCAGAUUGCCCAAUUGAUCAGUUGUGUUACAGUUUCAAGUCUAUCCCUUCCCUGUCAAUCCGUAGGUGCUGUUCUAGUGACAAAACUUUCAUGUAAAGUCUGAUGAAAGAAUACCCAUGCAGUUGAUUAUUUUUCAACA